AUGGAACUUCUGCUCGCUUAUAGUGGACUUAUAUGGCGUCUCUUCUCCUCGUCGGGAUCACUUUGGGUGGCUUGGGUUGGAGCGGAGUUACUACGAGGUGGUUCCUUUUGUGACGCAAAGGACACUAAUAAGGGUUCAUGGCUCUGGCGCAAAUUUCUUCAGCUCAGACCGGAGGCAUCAAGUUUCAUGCGCUGUGAAGUUAGAAGUGGUGACUCGACUUUCUUCUGGUUUGACAACUGGUUAGGCACUGGAAGUAUUAUUGACACAACAGGAGAUCUGGGACUGCGGUACUUGGGUAUUCCUCGACAAGCUCGUGUAGCUGAAGCGUGUCCAAAUGAGGCUUGGGGUAUGCGUGGGCAGGGGAGGAGAGUGUUUGGUGAUGUGUAUACUGCCAUUGAAAAUGCUCAGAAACCAGACGCUAGGAGGGGAAGUGAUGUUAUUUUAUGGAGGCACAAUGAGGAGGAUUUUAAGGACCAUUUCUCAGCGGCUAGAACAUGGGAUCAGAUUAGAGUUCGGGGGCCAGAAGUACCUUGGCAUCAUCUAGUGUGGUUUACCCAAGGAGUACCACGCCACGCUUUCAUUGUUUGGCUGACGUUUAAGGAUAGACUCUCUACAGGAGUCCGUAUGCGACAGUGGGGGAUCGCGCAGGGUUGUAUGUUAUGUGGAGAGCCUGACGAGAGCAGGGACCACCUGCACCGCUGCUUCUCCGGAUUGGACGACGACGGUGACUUCUCUGCUACGGCGCAAUAG